GGGCUCUCCCCACAGGCACCCAGGCCCGCUCCUUCUGGCAGCACGAUGAGCCCCAGGCGCCCCUGGAGCGCCUCAAGGACAUGGUGGACGUGUACCUGGAGACGGUGAAGGCCAGCGGCAAGGAUGCCAUCGCCCAGUUCGAGGCCUCUGCCGUGGGCAAACAACUGGACCUGAAACUGGCUGACAACCUGGACACCCUGAGCGCGGCCGCCACCAAGCUGCGGGAGGACAUGGCCCCCUACUACAAGGAGGUGCGUGAGAUGUGGCUGAAGGACACCGAGGCCCUGCGCCAGGAGCUGACCAAGGACCUGGAGGAGGUGAAGGUGAAGAUCAAGCCCUUCCUGGACCAGUUCUCAGCCAAGUGGACGGAGGAGCUGGAGCAGUACCGCCAGCGCCUGGCACCCGUGGCCCAGGAGCUGAAGGAGCUGACCAAGCAGAAGAUGGAGCUGGUGCAGGAGAAGCUGACCCCGGUGGCUGAGGAGGCCCGGGACCGCCUGCGCGCCCACGUGGAGGAGCUGCGCCAGAACCUGGCUCCCUACAGCGAGGAGCUGCGGCAGAAGCUGAGCCAGAAGCUGGAGGAGAUCCGGGAGAAGGGCAUCCCCCAGGCCUCCGAGUACCAGGCCAAGGUGGUGGAGCAGCUCAGCAACCUGCGCGAGAAGGUGACUCCUCUGCUGCAGGACUUCAAGGAGCGCCUGACCCCCUACACCGAGACCCUCAAGACCCGCUUCAUCACCCUCCUGGAUGACCUCCAGAAGAAAAUGGCUUGAGCCAGGAACUGACCCCGGCCCCAUUCCCCACCCUGCCGGGGGUGUUUCCCCCCCGGGGGGGCUCUGGGGACAGGCUGUGGGAGCCCCAGGCCAGGCCAGUCCUCCCUGGGGCCUCCCCUCCUUCCCUCCCGCCACCCCCCCUCCCCGAACCAGCGUCGCUCUCAGCUUUGCCCUCAUUUUGUCAAAUAAACGUGACUUAAGUUA